ACUGUAGAAUGCUAUAGAAUAAACGAUUAACAAUCACGUGUGUGUUUUUAUAGUUCUACUGUUUUAUCAGAUCUAAAUUGAGUUUAAUGUUUGAAUAAACGUUAAGAUAUGGGAAGUACGAACAGCAGAUUAAGCAAGGAACAGCUCAGUGAAUAUACAGACUUGACCUAUUUUACUGUAGGCGAAAUAAACGAACUGUUCAAAAAAUUUGAGUCACUGGACAAACAAAGACUUCGGGAAAAUAUACAGAACCGAAUCCCAGGCGCAAAAUUGCGGGAGUUGCCCGAAUUUAAGCAUAACCCGUUCCUGCAUCGGCUUUGUGCUGUGUUUUCAACCUCCGAUGACGACGACGCUGAAGACUCGCUUAACUUUGAUGAUUUCUUAGACAUGAUGAAUGCAUUGUCAGACCAGGCCCCUUUCUCAUUGAAAGCAAAAUACGCUUUUCAGAUUUUCGAUUGCAACCAGAAUGGGUACGUAGACAAGGAAGACGUUCUUGAAAUUAUUAAACAUAUAACAAAGAAGAGAGACGGAAUGGGAGAUGACGGUUUGAAUGAAAGUCUUGUACAAGCGGUGAUGUUGGAAGCUGACUUGGACCAAGACGACAUGUUAGGUCCAGCUGAAUUCGAACACGUGUUGUCUAAGUCACCAGACUUCAUGAGCUCGUUCAGAAUUCGGCUGUAAGAAGCGGAAAGAUCGCGGACGUCGACCUACACAUAUGACACUUCAGCGAAAGCUUUACUUCAUUACAUUACAAUCAUUACCAACGAGAUAUAGUAAGAUAGGGGAAAGAUGGGACACCUUUAGCACAUAAUAUUCAAACAUCCUGAUCGUGUUUUAAACAAUUAACAACGGUCUAUGGGAGUCGUUGGGAUACGGUUUGAUAAUA